ACAAGUUCAUAUAUAAAUUCCAACCUAAACAUUAAUAAUAAUAAUAAUUCAGCAAAAAAAUAAUAAUAAUAAUUUCCGACCAAAUAAUACAAAAAAUAAUGUUUAUGGGUUUUAAGUGAAGGGCCAUUCUGUAAUUCGCACUCUCUAUCGUUUCGAAGUUUGAAACCCAAAUUCUGUGUUGCUUUCACUUUCUUGAACAGCCGAAAAUGGAGGCCAAGGUGUUCAAAGCUUUAACGCCUGCCUCUUCGGUCCAUAAUACCUUGACAAAAUCUUCAAGACCCACUUCCAAUUUGUUUUCAAAGACCACCAUUACAGCCAAGCCUCCAUAUUUUCUAUCAAAGACUUCAAGAAAACACUGUCUCCAUCUUCAAGCUUCUUCUAUCUCUCCUAUAAGAUAUGCGAAGCGAAGGGUGGAUGAGAGUGAAAGCUUAACCCUAGAUAGUAUAAGACACUCAUUAAUUCGACAAGAGGAUAGCAUUAUACGUAGCCUUUUGGAGAGAACUCAAUAUUGUUAUAACGCAGACACAUAUGAUCAUGGUGCAUUCACUGUGGAUUGGUUUGAAGGGUCUUUAGUGGAGUUUAUGGUCAGGGAAACUGAAAAGCUCCAUGCCCAGGUGGGCAGAUAUAAGAGUCCAGAUGAGCAUCCUUUCUUCCCAGCAUUCUUGCCUGAGCCUAUGCUUCCUCCUUUGCAAUACCCAAAGGUUUUGCAUCCCUGUGCUGAAUCAAUUAAUAUAAACAACAAGGUCUGGAGUAUGUAUUUUAGAGAUCUUCUUCCUAGAUUAGUUAAAGCAGGAGAUGAUGGUAAUUAUGGAUCAGCUGCUGUUUGUGACACACUAUGUUUGCAGAUGCUCUCAAAGAGAAUACAUUAUGGCAAAUUUGUUGCAGAAGCAAAAUUUCAAGCAGCUCCUACUCAAUAUGAACCUGCCAUUAUAGCUCAAGACAGGGCACAGUUGAUGGAGUUAUUGACAUAUGAAGCAGUGGAAGCAGCAAUCAAGCUGAGAGUAGAAAUGAAGGCUAGAACAUAUGGUGUGGAAGUAAGGAUCAAUCAAGAGGAAGAUGUAGUUAAUCCUGUAUAUAAAAUCAAGCCACAUUUGAUUGCCAAUUUAUAUGGGGAUUGGAUCAUGCCUCUAACCAAGGAAGUUCAAGUUGAAUACCUAUUAAGAAGAUUGGAUUAACAGAAAAGAGGUAAACUUACACCGUCUAGGCGCCCUUGAAGGAGUGUUCCUUUGGACUUCUUCCCCAGAGGUCAUGCCAUAGCCCCUUUCCCUAGGAGAAGUGGAAGAGUUGGAAGGAGGAAGGGUCUUAUACCCUAACAAUUAGGAAGCUCCACCUUCGUGCCGUCGACAGUUUUCUUCCUUUUCUCCAUCUUCUUCCAUGGUUUAAGCUGUUAUCUCAUAGGUUUAAGUUUGAUGAAGAGUAGCUUUGAGAUUCAUUUGUCCUGAUUUCUGAAUAUUGUUCCUUGAAUGUUAAACCGACUGAAAGAACCUUUGGCUACAAAGGAUCGGCUUUGCCAAACUUGAUGAUAUUAUCAUAUUGUCAAAAGUAAAGGAAGCUUCUCCUUUUGACAUUGUUUCUAUACAUAAGAA